AUGGAUGUAAUGGACGUGGACCCACUGAGCUUAUUGAAAUUUACUUAUAAAUACAAUUACUAUCAAGAAGCAACUAACAAGGAGGUCCAAGAACCAACUGACAAGGAGUUCGAAGAUGCAUACGAAGCAUAUAAAGAAUUCUUUUAUAAAUACCAUCAAGACAACCCUGGAACAACCACGGAUUGUUAUAAGGAAUAUCUUAAAGCUCUUGGUAAACAAGUUGGGGUGUUAUUAAGCAUGGCGUUGUUACAACGUGUAAUAGGCGUUUUGUGCUAUGGUGAAGGCUAUAUUUCUGAAUUGCCUGAAAGACAGACUAAUGAAUAUUAUCAUAUCACUCAUAUAUCUAUUUUCAUUUAUCCAUUUGAGCAACCUUGGUAUGCUGCCCAUAAUAUUAUAUCAAAAUUGCCCGUGGAGUCCGUAGAUGCAGCGUUCUUUGGUGCUUACUAUGAUCCACACGACUUCAUUAAAAGCAUUCUCGAGGAUUUGGACUCGCACGUCGAAAAUUGGAUUAAAGAAACUAUGUAUGCAAACUACACCUCGGUCACACAAGCAAGCGGCAUGGGAAAGUCACGGAUGGUCAAACAACUAGCAGAAGCGGGGGUUUAUGUUAUCUAUUGUUGUCUUCGGCUUUCUGGUUCUGGUUACCCACCACAAUCACACAUAACAAAAUAUCUACUUCACUCUCACGAUGAUUUACAUUUCGUCGCCUAUUUCAUCGCUUGUCUGAACAAAUUAGCGGAUACCCCUGAUACAAAUUCGAUUGAUUGGUAUAAUCAGCAAAUUUCUCGAGGGAAUGAUGGCGCAAGUCAAGAAAACGCGCGAGAAUUUUGGGAUGACAUUAGAUUACGCAUGGAGAAGUUAAAGAGAAGUCUUACCGACGGUAAUGCGUCAGCAAGUUUGCGACAGAGCUAUGAGCGUGCCUUGAGAACAUAUCCCAACAUUCGCAAUAUCCCUCUACCCAAGAAUAUAUUGCGUAUUUGUUUUGUGUUUGAUGAAGCACGGUGUCUUCUACCUAUCACUGAAAAAAGUGGAAGUGAGACGGCUGACAAGAACCUAGCAUUUUAUAACAUGCGUCGCGCUUUGGUGCACUUUGAUGAUAAG